GCCGCUGCCGCUGCCGGCGCCGGCCGGCGGCCGCCGCGAUGUUGCGCUACAGCUCGGGGCUCACGGUCACCGCCACCACCCCGCGGAGACCGCCCGGCGACGGCGGCCGCGCCCGGCGGAAGAUGAAUGUCUGCAGGUUACGCUUAACAGUACCACCUGAUGAAGGCUCACAGCCUGAGCAAGUAACAAAGGAACCUGAGAGGAAGAAAAAAGAACUCUACCAUGUACCAAAUGGCAUGUCUCCAGGGAAGCUCUCUCACGGGAUGGUGUAUGGAGUUGUGCACCGGACUGACAACAACCAUCAGAGAGAAAUGGUGGUUUAUGGCUGGUCAGCGGAUCAGCUGAAAGAAGAGAUGAACUACAUUAAAGAGGUGAGAGCAACUCUGGAAAAAGUAAGAAAGAAAAUGUAUGGAGAAUAUGAUGAAAUGAAACGAAAAAUACAGCAGCUUACCAAUGAACUGAAAGUGACAAAUGCUCAUCAGGAAUCCUUAGAGAAUCAUGUGCGAGUGCAGGCAGCAGCCUUAGAUAGUUUCAGUGAAAUGAACAGCUCCUUGACAUCAGCAUCAAUAGACUUGCAGAAAACUCUAGUGGAUGUUACUUUGGAGAACACUGAUAUAAGGGAACAAAUCAGGAAUUUGAAACACACACAUGAGCAAUCUAUGGAAAAACUGAGAGAGAAACAAAAGCAACUGGAAACAGCACAAAUUGAAAAUCAGUUACUGAAAUUAAAGGUGGAAUCGUCGCAAGAAGCCAAUGCUGAAGUCAUGAGAGAAAUGACAAGAAAGCUAUAUAGUCAGUAUGAGGAAAAAAUGCGAGAAGAGGAGCAGAAACAUAAAGCUGAGAAAGAAAUUCUCCUAGAGGAAACAAAUAGACUUCUGAAGGCUAUUGAAGAAGCAAAUAAGAAGAUGCAGAUUACAGAAACAAGCAUACAGGAGAAAGACCAGAGAAUUGGUGAGCUGGAUCGGCUGAUUGAACGCAUGGAAGAGGAGCGUCACCAACUGCAAAAACAACUGGAACUAAAUGAAAUACAACUAUCUGGAGCAAAAUCUGAAUCUAACUCGGACAGUGAGAGGUCACAGCAUCUGGAGGAGGUAGCAGCUAGCUUAAGGGAGCGAAUCAAACAUCUGGAUGAUAUGGUCCACUGCCAACAGAAGAAAGUCAAGCACAUGGUUGAGGAGAUUGAAAUGCUAAGGAAGAAAGUAAAAGAAAAGGAAUUAUUUAUAAUACAGCUUUUAGAAAAAAUUUCUUUCUUAGAAUGUGAGAACAAAGAAUUACAAGAUAAAUUGGACUAUUUAAUGGAAAAUCAACCAAAGACCAAUAUAGAAACCAGAGAUACUGGAGUAGGAUGUGAUCUUCCAUUCAGGAAAUUUAUUGGCAGGCUUCCAGAUAAGGGUAAGAAGAUCUCCGAUUUUGUGGAAAAGCUGACACUUGCCAUUUCACAAGAGGAAGAACUGGUGAAGACAACUGAGCUGUUGUCCACUGUCAGGUUGGAGUUCCAGGCGAAACAGGAGGCUCAUAAGAGCAAGCAGCAAACUACCCUACGUGAAGACGUACCCAACCAGGAAGAUUCCUCAGUCUUUAAUGAGAAUUCUAAUAUUAAAGAAGUCUCUGAGAUCGCUUCCCAGAGGCAGGAGGCAGAAUGUACUCAGCAAGAUGCCACGGAUACAGCUUUUGAAAGUCAGAGGACUCGGAGAAGAAAUGAUAAAAUGAAGACUGAUAUCAAAGAUCAGAAUCAUUUUUAUGAAAUUAGCUCCAAGUCAGCCACAGGCAGUCAUCUGAAAAAUGAUCAGCAGAUAUCUCAGAUUAAUUCUCAGGAUGGUACAGGAAGUACAGGUGCUUUGGGCAACAAUAAAGACAUGUUGGUUGAUGCCUUUCAAAAAAUUACAAUUGCAGAUGGGGAUAAUAAUGAAAGAGUAUUGGAGAAGGAGCAGAAUGUUGCUAAACAUAAGGAAAAUAUCUUUGGCAGCCUGCAUACCAAAAAACCACAUUAUAUUGAAGUCCUAGAGUCUAGAGUCAAGAACCCAAUCACUAAGAAAAAUAAAUUUAAAACAAAUGUAUUAUCAGGAGAGUUAAGUGGAUCAUCACAUAGUUCCUCAUCCAGUCAGUCACCUGGAGCAUUUGGCUCUCCAAUUACUGCUGAAGAAAGACGACUUAGGGAUAAGAAACAUUUGAAUGACAUUACAGCAGCUCGGCUACCACCACUUCAUCAUGCCCCUGCUAAGUUAUUAUCUAUAGAUGAGUCCAUAGCAAUUCAGAUACAGCAAAAAGAAGCUUAUGAGGAAAUGCAAGCCAAACUUGCAGCACAGAAGCUUGCAGAAAGAUUGAAUAUAAAAAUGAUCAAGUUUGAACCAGAGGGGGAGGCCUCAAUGCAAUACAGAGAAGUUAGAGAUGAAGAUUAUAUUUCAGGAGAGGACUGAAUUAAAGAAUGAAUGCCUGAAGAUAAGCCACGUAACCGAUCUUUUAUGCAGCACUUCUUAAAACCUCAAACCCGGAUAAUGAAAGUUCUUGACCUAGUCAGUUUUUUCUUGAAACUAUAACAUUACAGCUAUGGGAAGGGUUCAGUAUAAACCUUAUGUUUAUAAGAAUAUAAACUUUAGUGUUAUUUGGAGUCUCUUUUCAGAGCACUGGGGGCAGUUAACCCUUGUGAAAAGCCCAAUAAUUAGUUUUCAGCUUUGGUAAAGGUUGCUCCUUAAUACAUUUUUGCAGCCUAUGAUCAAUCAUCUGCAAGAGAAGGCUUCAUUUAGGAAAAAAAAAAACUUUACAAAAGGCAUCCACACACAUGUCCGUAAAGUAAGCAUGUGAUCUACUUCAUGGAAACUUCACGUGUGAGAGCUCGUCUCAUAUAAAUGUGAGGUACUUCUUUUAUUGAGGCAUAAUCUGUUUUGGAUUAUCUUGCGUUUAUGAUUUGGGGAAAAUGUAUGCAUGGACAGCUACGAUAAAUAUGUGAUAAGUUAGGCUGUUAAGUUACUUUCUUACCACAUGAGAGCUUAUUUCUGUGCCCAGACCCUAAAAUAACACUUUCUUCCCUUGUGCUGUAAAUAGGUAAGAAUUUCAAGUUGUUUGAAACUCAAAUUCUGUUUGGACUUUAAAGGACUCUGCUGUUUCAUUCUUGGUAAUUAUUUCAAAGCACAUCAAGAAGUCAGAUGAAGACUUUAAUAUUUUUAUUAAAGGCCUUGGUGUUUUUCUGUAUUUUUGUACACUUGUUUCAAACUUUGAAAUACUAUUUUUUCAUAGUCUGAUAAUGUAAAUUAAUAGAAACCCAUCCUGUGUUUUUCUUGGAGAAAAUAAGUCCUGUGAAUUUUGCAGGUUUUGCUGUUGCUUGAGGAUAAAAUUAUUUCUAACAAAAACAUUUUCUGCCUUUUAUUACAAAAUUUGAAAGAUGAGGAACACGACUGAAAAAUAUUUCACAAUGGUAUUCCACUGUUGACUAGGAUUUGAAUCAGGAUUAUAUAUUUCAACCCUAUUAUGAGUUUUAGUUUUAAAAAACAAAUCCCAAAGAUUCCUUAUAUAGCCUGGCAAAACGUGAUUUCUGAGAAGCUGGAGCAGCAGCGUGAGCAGGGCAGCUGUGUGCGCAAGGCACUCCCUGGAUCAGUACAUCUUCCUGCAGGAAUAGUGUCUCUUGAAACCAAGGGUUUUCCAGAUGCAAGUCAUUCAAAAAGCUGCACAAUGUCAUUUAGGAAUGUGAGAUGAGAGUCUUUCUGCCAUUUCUUGAGGGUAUAAAGCAGCUAAUACCAUCAUCAGCACUCUGUUAGCAGAUAGCUACUCUUUCCCAAAUGCUCUAUAAACUGUCCCAGGCAGUCUCUGUGGUACAGUCCCUCUCCUGGCCAUGCAGUUUGGCAGGCAGAGCUGCUGCUAAGCUAAUAUGUGGCAUUUUUAGAUUAGGCCAUCUGUUGCUCAUGUGUGUUGCCUGUCUACUGUACCCUUCUUUCUCACUGGUUUUUCCUUCUCAAUAACCAUUGGCUUUUCAUGAACUGUCUGCUUUUCCCCUCUCUUCAUAGGUCUCAUCUCCCCUCUUGCAAGAGCUAAUUCAUAUUCUGCAUCCGUAUACCAUCCAUUCCUUAUCGCACAUAUUGCUCCCUGUGUCUGCAUUUAACUUCUGCCACCUCUCAUGCAUCCUCCUUCCGUUGCUGCCUCCUCUUGCUUUCUGCAACUCCAUCUAAACACCAGCUGUGCACCUGGACACCUGUAUAUCCUGGUCAUUUGAAUAUCUUGCAGAGACGUGAAUGCUUUUGUGGUUUUGUAUUUUUUCCUGCAGCUGCCCUCCUUCUGAGGCUUCCUUUUCUAAUUUCCUAUUUUGGUUUGAGAUGUGCUGGUGUUUACUGCUUCCAGGCCUUAUGUUCUUCUUUUCCACUUUCUCCUUCCCCUGCCCCCGCAUAUAUUUCUCUCUUCAGUCUCUUCCUUGCAUGUGGCUCUGGUCCACAGGCUGGUGGAACGCUCUUCUCUCCUGUGGGUGCAGUUCACCUCUCAGAUCACUGUUGUCUGUGCUACCACCUGUUAGUCCAGCUGAGCCUUAUCAUCAGCCUUCCUGUUCUUUCAGCCUGUUGUACUAUACGGACAGCAGGACUGAGAAGUAUAUUGGCUUUGCCUUCACUGAUGCAUGAAGCACAUUAUCACUUCUAGGCCUAUUUGCUUCUCUCUGCCUUGUCUCUGUACUGUCUGUGCUGCCAGACGUUUUUAAGGUAGUAUUUGUGUUUUUUCCGUGCCAGCUCUUUUGUGCAUAAGGAGUUUACGCAGAAGUAUAUGAUUAAGAAUUUAGUUUUCCAGGUUGCUGAAGGUUAGCUUGACCUAGCUGCUGCUGACCACUGCCUUCUCAUGCUGACUAAAAUCAUGUUCUUUUCCAUGUGCUUUCCAGGCUUAUUUUUGCUCUCUAAACUUUUUAAGGGAGAGGCAGUUUUCUUGAUCCAUGUUUUGACAGCCUUUGCAGCCUUUGGCAUGUUGGGAUUUUGCCAAAAUGGAUCCCCUGGAAGAGCAAACUUUCCCCUAAAAAACAAACCUCAUUGUAGUAACAGGUGAAGUGUAUUACAUACUCGCUAUGCCAUUAGCAGCUGUUUAGCAAGUGCUGUGGAAGCCCUUGUGGAUGAGAGUGCUGUGUAAAUGCCAAACCAAGCUUAUGGAGUAAAUUUUUAAGUUAUUAUUUGAAGGAAGCUUUCUUGGGGGCUCCUUGAAUCCCAGCUUUUGAGUACAGGUAUGUACAUGCCUCUUUGAAUUAAGAUAUUGACAGUGAUAAGACGGCAAAAAAAGACAGGUAUAAAGAGAGUCCCAUGAUGAGGAGGAUGUGCAAUUCAAAGGACUGAAAUAGGUUAGAGAAAAAGCGGAUGGAUCCUGGAAUGGUGUAGUCAUACUGAAUUAAGUUUCUGUUCAAGAACGGUAUUACUGUUGUGUAUUUUACAGUUCUCUGGUUCCAGAACACUUGAAAACAGACCUUGAGAAUUGAGGAGCUUGUUCUGUUUUAUUGGUGUGGACUAUUAAUCUAGUAGAAAAUAAAUAAUUCAAAAUGUGUUUCUGAAGGAA